ACUCCUCCUGGACGGGACCAAAGGCAGGAGGGCCACGAGCCUGCCGAGCAGCAAAGGAGGGCACCGCUGCAGACACGCUUGAGGGAAGUGAUGAAGGCCAACGCACACCAAAGUCCAGUGUGAGAGAGAAAAUCAGCAGUUUGCUCGUAGUCAUGAGCCAGCCGACCUCAGCCACCACGGAGCUGCCCGCACUGCCAGGGGACACGACAGCGGCCUUUGAGGUGGCAGACAUCAUCGUCGUGGUAUUUUACUUCGCCUUUGUCCUCGCUGUUGGGAUAUGGUCAUCGAUACGAGCAAGCCGGGGGACCAUUGGAGGCUAUUUCCUAGCUGGACGAUCCAUGAGUUGGUGGCCUAUUGGAGCAUCGCUGAUGUCAAGCAACGUGGGCAGUGGCUUAUUCAUCGGCCUGGCGGGCACUGGAGCAGCUGGGGGCCUUGCUGUUGGGGGCUUUGAGUGGAACGCUACCUGGGCACUUCUGGCUCUCGGCUGGAUCUUUGUGCCUGUUUACAUUGCAGCAGGAGUGGUCACCAUGCCUGAGUACCUGCAGAAGAGAUUUGGAGGGCAGAGGAUUCAAAUAUACAUGUCCGUACUGUCCCUCAUUCUCUAUAUAUUCACCAAGAUAUCCACAGACAUUUUUUCCGGAGCAUUGUUUAUCCAAAUCUCUUUGGGCUGGAACCUCUACCUGUCCACUGUGGUCUUGCUAGCAGUGACUGCUGUCUACACCAUAGCUGGCGGUUUAACGGCUGUGAUAUACACAGAUGCGCUGCAGACCCUGAUCAUGGUGCUGGGAGCUUUGGUCCUCAUGUUCAUAGGAUUUGAAAAAGUUGGCUGGUAUGAGGGACUUCAGGAGAAAUACAGCACAGCAAUACCGAAGAUCAUAGUCCCAAACACAACCUGUCACAUCCCACGUGCAGAUGCCUUUCAUUUGUUCAGGGAUCCAGUCACAGGAGACAUUCCUUGGCCUGGCCUUAUAUUUGGCCUCUCUGUGCUGGCUCUUUGGUGCUGGUGCACUGACCAGGUGAUAGUCCAGAGGUCUCUCUCUGCCAAGAACCUCUCCCAUGCCAAAGGUGGAUCGGUGCUGGGAGGAUAUCUGAAGAUCUUCCCUAUGUUUUUCAUUGUCAUGCCAGGAAUGAUCAGCAGAGCUCUUUACCCAGAUGAAGUGGGCUGUGUGGAUCCAGACAUCUGUAAAAGGGUCUGUGGAGCUGCAGUGGGUUGUUCUAACAUUGCCUACCCCAAACUCGUGAUAGAACUCAUGCCUGAUGGGCUCCGGGGUUUGAUGAUUGCCGUGAUGAUGGCAGCCUUGAUGAGUUCCCUCACCUCCAUUUUCAACAGCAGCAGCACUCUCUUCGUUAUAGACAUCUGGCAGCGGAUCCGCAGAAAGGCUUCAGAGCAGGAGCUGAUGAUUGUGGGCAGAGUCUUUAUCCUCAUCCUUGUGGUCAUCAGUAUUCUCUGGAUCCCGAUCAUUCAAUCAGCCAACAGUGGCAAGCUCUUUGACUACAUUCAGUCCAUAACCAGCUAUCUAGCCCCACCAAUAACAGCUCUCUUCAUGUUGGCAAUCUUCUGCAAGAGGAUUAACGAGCCUGGUGCAUUCUGGGGCCUCAUGGUUGGGUUAGCUGUUGGUCUUGUUCGGAUGAUCAUCGAGUUCAUUUAUAGCACACCAUCUUGUGGUGAGGAGGACAAAAGACCAGCCAUGCUAAAGGACGUGCACUACCUCUACUUUGCCCUCAUCCUCUGUGUCCUCACUGCAAUUGUCAUUGUCCUUAUUAGUCUCUGUACCCCACCGAUCCCUGAAGAAAAGCUUGCUUGCCUGACGUGGUGGACAAGACACAGAAGAGCACCUGCCAUUGACCUGAAAAAUUACAAGAGUGAAGCAGCACAGAUUAAUGCAGCCAACGGAGAGAGUGACUUGGUCGAAAGCGGAGAUUCAGGCGAUAAGGAGGAGGCAGCAGCCAAGCCUCCCUGCUGGAAAAUGCUGUACUUGUGGUUCUGUGGUCUGUCCACCGGCCCCACGCCCACCCUGUCCCCGGAGGAGAGAGCUGCCCUGGAGCAAAGACUCACCAGCAUCGAGGAAAAGCCCCUGUGGAAGACUGUUUGCAAUGUUAACGCUAUUCUCCUGCUGACCGUUAAUGUCUUUCUGUGGGCAUAUUUUGGCUGAGGUGGGGUCAGGCAGCAUGUGGCUUUGGUUUCUCUCAGGAGCCCUCAUCUUCACGUCUAAUCCAGAAGCAUCGGGUGGCAGGGACCCUGGCGAUGGUCCCCAGAAGAGCUGGCACAUCUUGGCACAGCCCCCCCCCCCCCCAAGGCACCACUUGCUGGAAAUGACUGAGGGGCUUGGUUUCGCCAUAAGAUGAGGUGACUCAACAGCGGUCGCAUCCAGGAUGCAGGGGGGGGUGUGGGACAGCAUGUGGGUCAAGUCAGGAGACCUGGGGCCAGGUUUAAAGGUUCAGAUCUGAGCUUUGGAAGCCCAUCUCUGGCAUGGCCGGGUCUUCUCUCCCCUCAUGCACCAGGUCAGGGCUGACUUUGCACCACUGCUCUUAGGGGAAGGAAUUCCGAAAGACUUCUGGUUUACACUGGUGUGGGGAAGGAGACUUGAGCAUUACCUUCAUUUUCUUUAAUAUGGCCAAAAUUCAGAUGGGUUAGUGUGGGACUGCUGGAUUAGCUCUGCAGUGACAACCUUGGCUCCCACAGCCACCCCAGGACCUGUGUUGGACCCCCUACACCCCCACCCCCCCAGUUGGCAUUGGCAGUGAGCCCCCUCACCCUGCCCACUCUGCCGCAUGACAGUGGGUCUUACGCCAGCCUGAGCCUGUUUACUCAUUGGGCCAAUCCUGCCCCUUAACAGCAUUACCAGCAAUAAAGGUGCCUUCGUAGCAAAGCCAA